GCGUAUCUAAUAAAUUUGUAAUUAAUUCAAUUGAUAUUUGUAAUUAAGUAAAAAAUGAGCUAGAGUGAGAUAGAGAGCCACAAUAAAUAAUAAGAAUAACUGUAAAAACAUGAUAAUAAUGACUUCAUGCAAAAUAAUAAUCGUUCAUCAUAAAAUUAAGCUUAGGAAUAACACUAAGUAGAUAAAAAUUAAAAUAGAAAUGGAUCUGCAAAUGCGCAAAAUAAUUAUUCAAACUAACAAAAUUUGUAAUAAAACAAAUAUGUAUCUAAAUAUUAAGAAUUCGAAGAAAGAAGCGAUUAUGUUACUUUGUUUAAUUUUGAUGAAAAUUCGAGAGUCUAUCCUUUCUUAACAUCCCCACGAUCUAAAGAGGCAUGCUUGAGAUAAGGCGUUGAAGAGUAUUAGCUUUUAAAGAAAACAAAGAAAGACUUUGAAAAAGAAUAAAUCCCUAAUGAAUUUAAGGAUGAUCCUGAGUUUUAUAUAAAUCUUAAAGCUGAGAAGUACGAAAAGAGAAGAUAAGAGAGAAUACUACAAGUUUAAUAGGAAAGGGAUAAUAUAAUUUAAGAAUAAAAGAGAGAUAGUUAGUUUUAGAGAUAAAGCUUUUACAAAUCUUAAGGUGGAGAAAGUUCUUAAACAAAUUUAACUCCUACUUAGGAGUAAGAAAAGUUAAAGCUCUAAGUAUUAAAAAAAAAGCAAGAAUAAUAAAUAGAAUUUUUGUUAGAAAAUUAAAGGAAGCAAUAGGAAAUAAUGGAAAAAUAAGAAUAGAAAGAAUUGAGAGUAUUAGAAAUGGAAAGAAGGAAGUAAUUAGAGUUUGAAAGAAAGAGGUAAGAAGCUGAAGAAGCUGAAAGACAUAGACUAAGUAAAAAGCAAGAAGCUGAAAAAAUCUAGCAAUUAAAGGCUGGAGAACUUUUAGAUAGAUAUUAAGAAGCAGAUUUAAAAAUUAAAAUUAAAAAUGAAUAACUGUAAAGGUAGAGAGAACAGGAGCAGAUAAAACGAGAAGUAGAAAGAAAACACAAGAUGGAAUCUAUAUAGGCAAAAAUAUAAUAUUUAACAGCAGAAAAAAAAGAAUAGAUAGAGUAACGUAAGUAGGAAAGAGAGAUAAAACUAUCAAAAGUCGAGCAAUAAAAGCAUGAGGAAUUAGUAGAGAGAAUGAAGAAAAUGAGAGAAAAAGAAGAAGAGCACAGAAUUAAAUUAGAAUAGUAAAAGGUUGAGGAAAUUAGGCAGAAAUAACUUGUGAAACAAAAAUAUGACGAAAAAUUAUAUGAAACAGAAUAAAAAAGACUUUAUGAUUAGCAAGUUUAAGAAUAGCAAUUGUAAAAUAGAGUUAUAGUUAGGAUGGAAAAAGAAAGAAUAAUUAAGAAAUAACUUUCAUAGAAUUUCAAGGAAGAGUAAGCUAAUAAAAAGAAGUUACUUUAAAGAUUUGAAGAAAAAUAGCAAUAACUUGAAUAUUAAAGAAUGAAAAGACUUGAACAAAUAAUGGAAAGAAAAAAAUCAUAAGAGUAGCAUUAAUAAGAGGUUUUAGACAGAAAUAGGAGAAGUGUUUAGUAGAUUAAUUUAGAGAAUAAAACAUUUUUAUAUGAGCUAGAGAGAAAAACAAUAAUCGUUAAUGAAAACAGAUAGUCAAAUAUUAACCAAUUAAGAAAGAGGGUAGCAUUAGAACUACUUAAGAUUGAAGAAGCAAAAGAAAACUAAGAAAGAGUAGAGAAAAUGAGAGCUUAUUAAAAGCAAAAACUUUUGAAUAAAUUGCAUGAAGAUUAAAUCAGAAUAGAAAUGUAAUAAAAAGAAAAGGAAGAAUAAAAAAGGAACAGAGAAAAUUUCAAAAAGUAAUUAAAUGAUGAAAAACAAAGAUUAGUAAAACAAUUUGCUUUAGAAUUAGAGUCUUUGAAAAACUCUAAAAAGGAGUCCUUCAUGUAAAGCCAUUCUUAAACUGUAAAAAACUUGAAUUCAUCUCAUUACGAAAACAGUUAAACUUCUUCUCAAUUUAUUCAACAUAAAAAAAACAAAUACAAUACUCAUUCUCAUUCUCAAGAAAAUAUUCAUUAAAACAACUAACAAAUUGAAAGCAAAUCAAAGCACCACAAAAAAAAUCAAGGAAGUGUAUCUAAAAGUAAUUAGUAGCAUUAAUAUUUAGAAGUCCAGAAUACUACAUAAAAUGAAUGCUAGAUUUAAGAAGAUAAAAAAUAAAAUGAAUAAGAAGGACAGAACAAUGGGGAAACACAAUAAGUACAAUAAGGAAAUUUAGAAAAUUUAUCUUAAAUAAAACCUCACAAAACUAACAAUAAUUAAUAGCAUACUUAAGAGCUUAAUAAGUCUUUAUAAUCAAAUAUAUCUCCUUCACCUUAAAGACUAUAAUACUUGAAUGCCUCAUUUUCUAAUCCAAAAGUCAAAGCUUAUGGAAGAGAUAUUACAAAAGAAAAGUUAAAGCUGUUAAUUGAAUAUGAAAAAUAAAAUAGUAUAGAAUAUAGUAAAACAAAGAAAGCUGGUAAAAAGAAAAAUAUCAAAGUAGAACUUAGUUCUACUUUUUCUGUCCUAAGACAAAAUCAAAUUGAUGAGAUAAACGAAAAUCUUAAUUUUUGGAGUUAGGCUACUGAAAAUAUUUUGAAAGACUUUCUUAAUCAGCAAAAAGAUCAUUAAAAUAAUAGUGAGGUUGCUUAACUUAGUGAAAAGCUUAUCAAUUUAUAUUAGAGCUAAAUAAGUGCAGAUAAGUAACAAAGAAAAUAAAUAAAUUAUUUAGGGCUUUUUAAAUGA